GCAAAAGAGGCUCUUCUCUCACCGCCUCUCCCUCGCCCUCUCUUUCUGUGGGUUGUUUUCUUCUGGUUGUUGUUGUAAAUUUCUGAUUUUAAGGGUUUUUUUUUUCUUAAAUUUAUUUUCCUAGGGUUAGGGUUUGGAACCUGAUUCUACAAUGGAGGCUUUGCAGAACGAAGCGGAUCGGGUCAAGGGUCCAUGGAGUCCCCAAGAAGACCAAGCUUUGCAGCGUCUCGUGAAGCGUUACGGUGCUAGGAACUGGUCUCUGAUAAGCCGGUCGAUACCGGGUAGGUCCGGCAAGUCGUGUAGGCUCCGAUGGUGUAACCAGCUGUCGCCUCAGGUGGAGCACCGACCAUUCACGCCGGAGGAGGACCGGAGAAUCAUUGAAGCCCACGCAAAGUACGGAAAUAAGUGGGCGACGAUCGCGAGGAUGCUCAAUGGCCGUACAGACAACGCGAUCAAGAACCACUGGAACUCGACUUUGAAGAGGAAGUUCGCGGCGGAGAUCGAACAAGUGCCGGCGCCUGUGUCGGUUGAUAACGAAGGAUCGCGGCCUGAGAAGAGGCAAUCGAGCGGUGGCGGCCCCUCGAUGCCAGCAACGGGGCUUUGCUUAAGCCCUGGCAGUCCUACUGGAUCUGAUGUAAGCGACACUGGCUUUCCCGUAGUUUCUUCUCCAAAUCUGUAUCGACCUGUGGCAAGAACUGGAGCGGUCCAAGUGCCUCCUCAGCAGUUUGAGCCAUCCUCGAAGAAAGACGAUCCUCCAACGGCGCUCACCCUCUCCCUCCCUGGAACUGAGACCUACGAGAACGAGUACGAGUCUCCACCUCUCGACUCUGCUCCUCGCCACAACAAGCUGGCGUCUCCAGAGAAGCAACCGGCUCUGACCUUCUCCAUGCCGGAGAAUCCUGAGCCGAUGACCUUUGGUUCGGACUUUUUCCUUAUGAUACAAGACAUGAUCAAAACUGAAGUGAAGAACUACAUGUCAGGACUUGAAAUCAACGAGAUAUGCUCGCAGAGUGAGGGAAAUAUCAGAAAUGCUGCUAUUAAUCGCAUUGGCAUGGGCGAUUGAGAUGAGCAGUAGUAGAGUUGUUUGGGAAGCGAGAAAAAAAAAAGAAGAAACAAACUUUCGUUGUUCUUUUGUUAGGUGCUUUUGUUUCCGAGGAAAGUCGUUUUGGCCGUGUACAGGAAAAUAGCGGAAAUAUGUAGAGAGAGGUGGGUACAAUUAGAAGUUAAUGGGUGAGAGAGUAUUCUAGAGAAUCGGAGGGGAAUAACCAAAAACAAAUGAAAUGGAACUUGUUAGAGAAAGUUAUCUAUUAACUAGAACCGCCUUUUUCCUUUUAUUUAAACAAUUGUUCACACAGUUGAUUACAACUUAUAAGACAAUCCCUCUCUCAUUUAUUUUCCCCAA